UUAGCAGUUUAUAACAACUAAAAUAAUUGCAUUUCCAUGUUCUGUGUACUGUGGGAGAGCGAAUAUAGUGAAUGCAGGGUCCGGGGAGACCAGAUAAAGUGAAUGCAGGGUCCGGGGAGACCAGAUAUAGUGAAUGCAGGGUCCGGGGAGACCAGAUAAAGUGAUGCAGGGUCCGGGGAGACCAGAUAUAGUGAAUGCAGGGUCCGGGGAGACCAGAUAUAGUGAUGCAGGGUCCAGGGAGACCAGAUAUAGUGAAUGCAGGGUCCCAGAUAUAGUGAAUGCAGGGUCCGGGGAGACCAGAUAUAGUGAAUGCAGGGUCCGGGAGACCAGAUAUAGUGAAUGCAGGGUCCAGGGAGACCAGAUAUAGUGAAUGCAGGGUCCGGGGAGAGAGGGUAUAGUGAAUGCAGGGUCCAGGGAGACCAGAUAUAGUGAAUGCAGGGUCCGGGGAGACCAGAUAUAGUGAAUGCAGGGUCCGGGGAGACCAGAUAGUGAAUGCAGGGUCCGGGGAGACCAGAUAUAGUGAAUGCAGGGUGCUGGG